AUGUCGGCGAUUCUCUCAGUAGACGACCUUAACGACUUUAUUAGCCCCGGCGUAGCAUGUAUCAAACCUGUCGAGACGCUCCCCAAACAGCAGCCCGCCGACGACUCGAAUGCGUACGAGGUCACGACCGAAGAGAAAGUCGACUCCGGCACGAUCGCCCCGCCAGCUCAGAUCUCCUUGACGGACUGCUUAGCAUGUGCUGGGUGCGUUACGAGCGCAGAAGCGGUGCUGGUCAGCUUGCAGAGUCACGGCGAGGUGUUGGACACGUUGGACCAAUUUCCCGACUUGAAGAUUGAGGCCGACGUCACAAAGUCGAAUGAUGGCAUCUAUGCGGAUCAUAGACUCUUCGUCGCAAGCGUGUCGCCACAAUCAAGAGCAAGCAUCGCAGCGACAUACAAUGUCACUGAGCGCGAGGCAGGAUACAUGAUCGCGCAACUGUUGAGUGGCCCCGCAGGACUUCGAAGUGGUGGCCAGCAUGGCUCGGGCUUCACAUGGGUUGUGGAUACCAAUGUUCUGCGCGAGGCGACUCUGGUGGCGGCUGCCGAUGAAGUCGAGCAAUCGAACAUCGCGCCCAUCGGAGGCACUACGGAAGCACAAAAGAAGCCAAUCAUCACAUCUGCCUGUCCAGGAUGGAUAUGCUACGCAGAGAAGACACACCCACACAUACUGCCACACCUCAGCAAGCUCAAGUCACCACAAGCUGUGACUGGCGUUCUGCUCAAGUCGGUGCUCGCGAACAAGUAUGGCAUACCUCCACAGAACGUCUGGCAUCUGUCUGUCAUGCCAUGCUUUGACAAGAAACUGGAAGCGGCACGAUCUGAGCUCACAUCGCAUACUUGGCAUGGUCAAGAAGGCGAUGCCGUCCGAGACGUCGACUGUGUCAUCACUGCACGGGAGUUACUCAUGCUGGCAGAAAGUCGCGACAUCAGCUUCCCACGUCUACCGAAGCAGCCUUUGUCGAAAGACGUGGCACCCGACUUCCCCGAGCCUACCAUCAACGAGUUCCUUUUCAGCCGCCAGCGAGGUCAGAAGCGCGAACGGGGCGACGAGACGAACACAAUCGGCUCGAGUGGAGGGUACCUUUGGCACAUUCUCAAGACGAAGCAAGCUCAGCACAUCGGCUCCCAAGUCAUGUCGCAAAGAGGCAGGAACAACGACGUGUCUGAAUACAGCGUAGUCGAUGCUGAUGGCAGGGCGGUCUUCAAGGCUGCUCGAUACUAUGGCUUCCGCAACAUCCAGAACCUGGUUCGUCGCCUCAAGCCUGCGAAGGCAAGCCGUAUGCCUGGAGCAUCGAGAAAAGUGGGAAGUUCUCGACGACCGGGCGCCGCGACAGGUGGCAACGAGAGCGAGUACUCUUACGUCGAAGUCAUGGCUUGUCCUGGCGGUUGUACGAACGGCGGAGGUCAAAUCAAGGUCGGCGACGUAGCAACCCUACGGCAAAUCGGAGGCACUGGUAUCGAAAAUGGCAGCGAAGAACAAGAAGUCAUGCCAGCGCAACGCGAGUGGCUCGCAAAGGUCGAUGAAGCAUACUGGAGCGCUGAGUCCGACGAUCUACCCGACUCGGACGCUGAUGGAGAUAUUGAUAUGGAACGAUCACCCGCGCGAGAUUCGGUAAUAUCUGGAGAUGGUGACGCGAAUGCAGAUGUCGUUGAUGGCAUUGAUAGGAGACGAGUCAAGCAGUUCUUGGGGCAUUGGUCUGACGUUACUGGUAUCAGCUUGGACACGCUGAUGACUACGACGUACAGGAUAGUGGAGAGCGACGUCGGCAAGGAUAAGCCAGGCGGCGAUGUGGAUAGGGUCAACGCCCUUGCAGCUGCCGCUGGAGGUGGAUGGUAA